AUGUCGCCCUAUUCAUUGACGUAUGCUUCGUUGAUUAAAGUAAUCAAAUCACCUUCAAUGAAUGAGAAUGACAUCAGUGCGUCUAGCAAAAAAUUGACUUUUGGUGCAGGAUCGGCACAAACGUUGACCGUAGAGGACGAUCGAGUCAUCGGUGGGACAGAAGCUGUUAAGAAUUCCUGGCCUGGUAUAAGGAUACUAAGACUAGACGGUCAAUUCAGAUGUGGCUUAACUAUAAUUAGUCCCACUAAAGUCCUGACAGCGGCUCACUGUGUCUAUGGUCUUUGGCCGUGGGACAUUAUCCGAUUGACUGUAGAAUUGAGCAUACACGUUUGGACCCCUGACAGUGACGCCCAAGUGGUUAAAAAGGUAAAGAGCGCAGCCCGUCAUCCGUUAUUUUUAACCGACAUCAAUUUGGCAAAUGGCGUCGCUGUUUUGACGCUGGACUCACCCGUGACUUACACGUCGACCAUAUCUCCCGUCUCCUUGCCAUCAGAUAGUUCCAACGACCAGUACGCCAGUCAAAGGGCGAGUUGGAUGGGAAAUGACGUCUGA